UAAACAAAGAUCUCACGAGCAUGUUAAUUUCUUCCAGAAAUUUCAACAGCACUUCAGUGAGGGUCCUCCUAGAGAUAUAGGAGAGUUGGCAGUAUGCAGGCCAUUACUGUGGGGUCUGAAUUCCAGAGGGACAUAUUAUAUGAGGAUUCAGGAAAGGCAACUGAUUCUGCUCUUCAUACGGAUUUUUCAAAAGCAUUGCCAUCUGCGCAUAUGCUCAACAUCAACAACCAUGAAGCUUCAAAAGCAUUGCCAUCUGCAAGAUUUCUUUGUUCUGAUAAAAUGAAAAUGCUAGAAGGAAACAAUUACAAUGUUCCAAUGGCAGGAUAUCUGUACCCAGAUGGUGAAGGAGAACCGCAGAACAAGUUCAUGAGUGAAGAUGAGAUUUCAGUUCUUAAUCAUGUGUCUAGUUCACAAAAAUCUGAUGGAGAUCAACCUAAUGUUUCCCAACCUCACUUGGUUGUUACAAUUGCUGUCCCGGGUUCCCCUUCCAAGAGUGUAUCAAAGCGAAAAGCUAGGCAUCAACGGAAUAAUACUGAUCGUCUCAACAGGGCUAGGAUUUCUGGAGGCAUCAAAACAUUGAGAGAGCUUCUUCCAUAUUCUGAAGAGGGUAGUAAAGCUACUGUACUGGACGAUACCAUCGAGUACAUCAAGUAUUUGCAGCUUCAAAUUAAGACGCUGAGUCAAAGCAGAUUGGGUGGUGAGGCAACUGCUGCUCCUUUUAUUCAUCUUGAGGGUUAUGGACACUACCUGUUCCAUCCGGAUAUGCUUAAUGAACCCCUUGAAGAGAUGAUUGGAAGGUUAAUGGAGAUGGACAUUGCAACUGCAACGCAGCUGUUGGAUUGCAAGGGCAUGUCUGUGAUACCAAUUGCUCUGGCAGAAGGGGUCUUCCAAAAAAGAUGAGAGGCUAAUGGGUCAACCUUCUCUUCUUUGAUUUCUCCAAUGGAUAAUAUUUUUUAGUGAAACUGAAAGUUUCUUCAAAGUAUUUUGAUAUUUCUUCAAAAUCUCUCAAAACCAAAGAUGGUGGUAGUAACAGCUUUCAUGGAUAGGAUGUUUCACAGUUGAGAGAUAGUUUUGGUCACUGGAAAGAAGGGUACGCUUUU